UCUUUCCGUUUUCGCUUUCAAAUAAAUUCCUGUGGUCCACAUAAGAUUAAGAUCAAACACAUACCUUUACACUUCACCAUUCCAUUUACAGACAAUCUCCCCUUCAUCUACCAUUUUUCAACUCCACAAGAUCUCAGACCCAAAUCAGUAGAUGACUCUGCAAUCCCCCAUUUCAAAUGUCACUGGUUCCUACUUCUCGAUUACAGAAGGUGGAGAUGAGAGUACCAAUGUAUUCUUAUGGAUGCGAAAGAAAAAUUAGAAAGGCUCUCUCCCAUUUCAAAGGAUUGCUAUCUGUGGAUAUAGACUUCCAUCAGCAGAAAGUCUCUGUAACAGGAAUGCUGAACAGAGAUCAAAUUCUUUCUACCAUAAAAGCAAAGCGUAAGAAUGCUGAGUUUUGGUCAUGUAAAGAAGAUCAAAUGAUCCUCCAUCACAGCAAUUCAGGGAAAUCAAAUGACUCUCCUGUCAAUGGCCCUAAGAAGAAGAAAAAGGCUGAAUCAGUAAUGGCAUCAAAGAUUUUAUUCCAGCAAUAUGAAAGAAGUUGUCAGAGUACAGUUUGGUGUGUUGAUUCCCAUGGAAAUGUGUGCACCAACAGUGUGAUGAUAAGAGAAGAAGUGAAGUCUGUAACUUUAUUCUCUGGAAUAAGCUUCAGUUUCAGGUGGGUCCAUGGAUUUCUUUUGGAGGUGCUCUAUGAAGUCAUCACUUGCUCCUCAAGCAAAGAUUGAGAUUCCUUUCCUGUCGUGGAGGAGUUGGCCACUCAAAUGUGCUCAAAUUAAUGCGUGUAUUUGGAAUAAGUAAUAAGCCACAAAUUUUAAAGAAAAAA